AAUCACAAUUCAUAAGCACAUCAUUUUCAUCUUGACGUUUGUUGCUGAAAUUUUGAAAUAAAUUAUACAAUUUUGUGUGGAAAAUAUUAAGACAAUUGUGCAAUACGUGUGAUGAUUGCAUUCGUUUACGUAAUUUUGUCAUUAUAUGUUUCUCGUUGCGGAAAGAUAUACAUGGUUUGUUUAUAGUAUAGUAUGAUUGUAUAAGCAAGGUUUUAGGCGUUUAUGGACUUGUAGAGUACUACUCACAGAUCAAUCCAAAAAUAAUCAGCAGCAAUUAAAUCAGGAACAUAGUAAAGAAAGUGAAGAGGAAUAUGAGAAGAGUAUCAAAACAAAAAUUCUUGCUGCAUCUUUAAAGUAUGUCCAUGAUCUUGGAUGGAGCCAGCAAGCCAUCAGUGCUGGUAAUUUGUAAUAAUUUUUCAUUAUGUACCAAAGGUGCUGAGUCUGUUGACUACCCUGGGAUAAUUCAUGGAUUGUUCCCUAAUCGAGGAGCAGAUUUGGUUCAUUAUUUUUAUUUAACAUGCAAUAAGGAAUUGAAUAAAAUCCUUGAAGAAAAAGCUCUUACUGUUGAAAAAAAACCUACUAAAGAAACAAAGAUAUUAGAAUUACAAGUACGCAAUGCUGUUGAGACAAGACUCAGAAUGGUGAUUCCAUAUAAAAAGACAUGGCCACAAGCAUUAGCUCUUAUGGCUCUACCACCAAACGUACCUAUGUCACUAGCUAAUUUACUCACUUUAGUGGACGAUAUUUGCUAUUAUGCUGGUGAUAGAUCAGUUGAUAUGAACUGGUAUACUAGAAGAGUAGUGUUAGCAGGUAUUUAUAAAACCACCGAAUUGUAUAUGUUACAAGAUAAUAGUGAAGAUCAUCAGAAAACUUGGAAUUUCUUGGAAAGACGAAUAAAAGAUGCAACACAAAUUCAUACAAUUCUAACAACAACUUCUGAUAUGGCAUUACCAGAUUUAAAUCGUGCUAGUGAAGCAGCAAGUGCUGCCUUUGUUACAGCACGCAAUAUACUUGGACUGAACUGGAAUAGGUAAAAAAGAAAGAAAAAUUAAAGCUUAGAUCACUAAAUAGAGAAAAAGUACGAAGUAUUUUUUGGAGUUCAUUUGAUACAAAUGAAAAUAUGAACUUAUGUAAAAAACUUGUGUAACAAUAUUUAAAUACUGAUGGUAUUAAAAAAUAGGAUAAUGUUAAGACAAGUUAACGAUCAUAGCUAGUUUAUUUCAGUGUCAUAUUUUAACAAGAUCUGUACAUGUGAGUUUGAAUUCAAUAAAUGUGACUUACUUUUGAUGCAUAUAAAGAUAUAAACUGAUAGAAAUAUA